UCCAUUGAAUUGCUGAACAAGUUUAAAAGUUCGAAAGCUGCGAGCGAUUGGAAGACCAACCACAUUCACUGAUGGCGGCUCCCUCUGGAAGCGAAGCCAAGGACGUGAAAACCCUAAUCUCACUCUACUCUAACUAUCUCUGGAACCGAGUAUUCAGUUUCUUGCCCUCUCCAGACUUGAAUUUUCUCGGGAGAAUUUCAAAUCUCUACCGCCAAACAGCUCGCGCCAAAUCUAGGAGACGCAGGACUUCUCUCCCUCUGCCGUUGCCUUCCACUUCACGCGACUCUUUCGGGGUUUCAUCAGAGGCAUCUAAAGUUUUUGAUGUGUUGGAGGAUAUUUUGGACCACGUCUUUUUUAAUUUGCAUAACAUCCAAAAGAACUUACAAUUUUGGCAAUCUAGAGCAGAGGCAUCAAAUGCUCGUAAAGUAUACUUCAUGAUUUGUGAGAGGGGGCCAUUGGCCUUUUUUGGUGGAACAAUUCAGUUGAUACGUGAAUAUGUUGCUGAGGGUUCUAGCAUGGAUGCCAUGGAACAUCUAUGUCAUUCCGCAUCUGCCCAUAUAUCUGAGAGGAUAGCCAUCUUAACAAGCUUAAGAUACUCUCUGGCUACAUUUUUGGCCCAGGUUUACAUGGAGGUUGACAGAUUUGGGGAAGAAUUAGUCAAGAACCCAGAGAAGUCUUUGCCCUCAUUGUUGAUCACUAUCAAUGGUUUGUUUUCAAAAUUGCAGUCGUCAAUUGGUCAUUUGCAUGCAACGCGGCAGAUUGAUUCUUCUGUUGAUGGGAGCUACUCGUUCCCUCUAAUGUUUGAGAAUUUACCGGAAGUAAACCAAGAAGGCUCUCAGUGGACAGAUUGUGAGAUUAGAGAUGUUAUCAACUUGAUAUAUCAAAAUCUACAAAAACUGGAUUCUUACUUAUGUAGCCUAGUCGCCAAACACCACAAGCCAAGGAAAGUAACUCUAUACUGGAUGCACUAUACAUGCGGGGCUGUUGGCAUCUCCAUUUGUUCAUUAUGGCUACUUCGUCAUAGUAGAGUGAUGGGAAGUUCUGACAUUGACAAUUGGAUUCAUGAGGCAAGGGAUUCGACAGUUAGCUUCUGGAAGGAUCAUGUAGAGCAACCGAUUCUAUCUAUAAGAGAUGAACUUUUUGAGACAUUCAGGAAGAGGCACAAAGGUGUAAUGGAGCUCGAAGAGGUCAAUUUAACUGCUAACUCUCUACACAGAAUGUUGUUGGCUUUCAGUGAGCAGACGAAAGGUCAAAAAUUUCAUGAGAACGCAUCGGACCAGGAAAUGCUUGAAAUAGUUAUGGCCAGGUAUGAGAAGGAACUUAUGCAUCCAAUCCAGAGUCUCGUUGGUGGGGAGCUUGCUCGCGCUUUACUCAUUCAGAUUCAGAAGCUAAAACUGGAUAUUGAGACCGCAAUGCUCGAACUGGAUCAGAUUCUAAGGGCCAAUGAGAUCAACUUCGCUAUUCUAGCUGCUUUACCAGCAUUUUUUCUCUCCCUUAUUUUGAUUAUGUUAGUGCGUGCUUGGCUUAAACAGGAUACUAGAGCAGAGGGCAGGGGAAGGAUCGCUCGUAUCCAAAGAAGGCUACUAAUUGUGGAAGUUGAGAGAAGGAUUAUGCAGUUCCAAACUUGCCUGGAUCAAGGAUUGGAAAACGAUGCUCAAUCCAUGUACGGAUUGCUUUUAUAUAGUCUGGAUCACCUCUACCGUUCUGUGGAGAGGCAUGCCAAGGCAACUGGAGAAUGGCCGUGGUUGAGAGAAGAUAUUAGGGAUUUGGGGAAGCCAGGCCUUCAAAUUACGUAUAAGCUCACUAUUACAUCACGCAUGGAACGGGUAUACGACUGCUUGCUUCCGUCAACCAAACGCCAAUAGCUCUUCUAUCCGUUCACUCCCUCUUGCUUGAAUGCAUGAAUGGUAUAAAUUUUGGAAAUGUCAUCAAAUCUUUUACCAUUUUAAGGUGUAGGCAAGAGCAAUAAUCCCUUUUGUUACAAUAUACUCAUAGAACUUUUUUUUUUUUUUUUUUUUGUUAAAUUUUUUUUUGAAAGUCAGCUUAAUACGUAUUUGACUUGAUAUAUUUGUUGAGGUAGUCUUGCUGCUUUUCCCUAUAUUUAUUUUAUUUUAACUGUUGAUAUAUUCCAACAGUUAAAACUCUUUUUGCAUCACUAAUGAGAAGGUAAAGCAAUUCACCCUCAUGUAAUAAUAUGAUUUAUGCUAACCCAAUUGGUUGA